AUGUCAAAAUCGGCUGGCAUUAUUGGAUCUGCAUGUCGUUUCCCUGGCGGAGCAACCUCCCCAUCAAAGCUAUGGGAGUUACUAAAGGAUCCCCGAGAUGUACUCAGCGAAUUCCAUGCCGACAGGCUUAAUCUCAAGACCUUUUAUCACCAAAACGGGGAACAUCAUGGCAGCACCGACGUUCAGAAUAAGAGCUAUCUCCUAUCAGAGGAUCCUCGACUAUUUGAUGCGUCUUUCUUUCAUAUUAGUCCUUCGGAAGCAGACGGCAUGGAUCCCCAGCAACGCAACCUUCUAGAAACUGUCUACGAAGCCCUCGAAUCAGCUGGAUGCACUCUUGACCAAAUGCGGGGGUCACUGACAUCUGUCUAUGCCGGAUUAAUGAAUAACGACUAUUCCCAUAUCCAAGGACGCGAUGUUGAGACCAUUCCCACACAUAGCGGCACGGGCACCCACGCAAGCAUUCUGUCGAAUCGAAUUUCGUAUUUUCUGGACAUCAAAGGGGCUUCUAUGACUAUAGACACAGCCUGCUCCAGUUCUUUAGUAGCUUUACAUCAGGCGAUGCAGAGUCUACGAUCCGGCGAGAGCGACAUGGCUAUUGUUGCUGGAGCCAACCUUUUAAUUGAUCCAUUCAUGUAUAUAGCUGAGUCUAAGCUACAUAUGCUUUCCCCUGAUUCACGUUCUCGUAUGUGGGAUGCAGGAGCAAAUGGUUAUGCUCGUGGAGAAGGCUUUGCAGCAAUUGUAUUAAAACCUCUUGACAAAGCAAUUCGCGAUGGAGAUCGAAUUGAGAGCGUUGUGCGGGGCAGUGCCGUCAACUCGGAUGGACGCACGAAGGGAAUUACGGUACCCAGUUCAGAUGCACAGAUAGCUGUUAUUCAACAGGCCUACAAGGACGCUGGUCUGGAUCCUCUCGUUGAUCGAUGCCAGUAUUUUGAGGCUCAUGGAACUGGCACCCGGGCUGGAGAUCCAGUAGAAGCAAGAGCUAUUCGGGAUGCCUUCUUCCCAGAAGGGAAAGCUUACGACGAUUCUGCUCUCCCUGCAAAGCUGCUGGUGGGCUCUAUUAAGACUGUUGUGGGGCACCUUGAGGGCUGUGCCGGGCUAGCUGGAGUUAUUAAGGCUUCACUCGCGAUGCAAAAUCGUACUAUUCCACCAAAUAUGCAUUUUUCGGCUCUGAGUCCAGACGUUCGCCCAUUUUACAAUCAUCUUGAGAUUCCAACCAAGGCGUGCGAGUGGCCGGAAGUUCCAGCAGGCUCCCCUCUCCGCACGAGUAUCAAUAGUUUUGGGUUCGGUGGGACUAACGCCCACGUCAUUCUUGAGACAUUUCAAGAAGAGCCCCCACAAGUAUGUGAGCAUGAAGAGGAUGAGGAUGAGCGGUUCCUGGGGCCGCUGAUAUUCUCAGCGAAUUCUCAAGAGUCACUUGUACGAUCAGUAAAGGCGCAUGCACAACACAUCCGCAAUAACAAGAAAAUUGAUCUCAGAGACCUGGCUUGGACACUGCAAUUCCGUCGAACACACUUCGGCGUAAGCAGAGCCUCCUUUUCCGGUUCCACGAGCCAGAAAAUGUUGUCACACAUGGACGCAUUUGUGAAUAACCAUAUUUCAAAUUCGACCCCUUCAUCUCUUAAUAGCCCUGCCAAUGCUCGCCUCGGUGAGGACGGUCCGGCCAUUUUGGGUAUAUUCACCGGCCAGGGUGCACAGUGGGCAUCUAUGAGCAGCAAUCUAAUUCGACUCAGCCCAAUAUUUCGCGAAGCCAUUGUCUGUUGUGAGGCAUCGUUGGCAGCAUUGGGAGCCGAUGCUCCAUCGUGGUCUCUGAAGCAGGAGCUUCUUGCCACGGGUAAAAGCUCGCGGCUAAGCGAGGCGGCUAUUUCUCAACCGCUAUGUACGGCAAUCCAGAUCGGUCUGGUAGAUGUCUUGCAUGCUGGUGGCAUUACAUUUCGUAGCGUGGUGGGACAUUCAUCUGGCGAGAUUGCAGCUGUAUAUGCGGCCGGCAUGAUUUCAGCUCAUGAUGCUAUUCGCAGUAAGUGUUCCCCAAGUUGA